CAUCAAGAGUGAGGGCGUGACCAGCAUGGAGGAGGACAACGGACCCGUGGGCAUGGGCGUGGGGGGCAUGGGCGUGGGGGGCAGGGACAGCCCUUUGAAGCCCGACAUGAGCAUGGUGGAGGGGGAGGACAUUCUGGCCAAGCUGAAGGAGCAGGUGUCAUCGGCUACCACCACCCUGCUGCCCCCUUCCACCGCCUUGCCGCCCCCGACACACUCCCCCUCACACAACCUCAACAACAACCACAACAGCACUAACAAUAACAACGCCAAUAACAACAAUAACAACAACAGUGUUCAUAGCAUAUACGAUCGACUCCACACGCUAUUGCAGGCUAAGAAGAAAACGGAGGAGGACGGUGACGGGGAGGAGGACUCGCGCGACCUGGUGCUGCGGGCGGAGGCGCUGCACCGCCAGCGGGAGUCGCUCUUGUCGUCGCCACAGGCGCUCAUGAACGCCAUGCGGGGCGGCGGGCCGCCCUCGCUGGUGCCGCCCGGGCCACACCUGCCCUUCAUCCCCAGCACGGUCGGUCUGCCGCCCACCACGCAGAUGCCGCCCACGCCUGGCUCGGCUGGCUCUCGCGACUCCUCGGGCAACGGCGCCCGCACGCCCUCCCACACGCCCGAGCCCCACCAGAGUCAGCAGUCCUGGAGCUUCGAGGAGCAGUUCAAACAGGUACGGGAACCCACGAAGCACUCGUCCUUUGAAGAAGACAAACGCAAGUUGUACGAGCUGGACGAUGACGUGAAGAGGAAGGACUUCCUGGACGAGCUGUUUUCCUUCAUGCAGAAACGAGGAACGCCCAUCAACCGGCUGCCCAUCAUGGCCAAGCAGGUGCUGGACCUGUACGAGCUGUACAAGCUGGUGGUGGAGCGCGGCGGCCUGGUGGACGUCAUCAACAAGAAACUGUGGCAGGAGAUUAUCAAGGGCCUCAAGCUGCCCUCCUCCAUCACCAGCGCCGCCUUCACCCUCAGGACGCAAUACACCAAGUACCUGUACCCUUACGAGUGUGAGAAGACCAAGCUGUCCACGCCGGCCGAGUUGCAGGCGGCCAUUGACAACAACCGGCGGGAGGGUCGCCGAUCCUCUUAUGGCAGCUACGUGGACGCCGUGCAGCCGCCCCUUCUCAGCCUCCAGUCCCUUCAGGGUCUCCACAGCCCCCUCGCUCUCGCUAACUCGCACUUCAACGGCGGCGGCACCAUCUCCCCGCUGCCGCAGCCCGACGGGCUCCUAGGUCGGGGCGGCUCUCCCCCGGGGUCGCAGGAGGCGUUGCUGGAGGCCACGAGACUCACCAUGUGGAAGCUGUACAAUCAGGGCUUGGGCGUUGGCGGCGGUUUCCAGCACGAGGAUGAUGGCCCCAAGCUGCCGCCCCCACACCACCCGCUGGCUGGGGUGCCCUUCCCGCCCCAGAAGGAGGCACUCAACCUGGAGGUAAAGGACGAGGAAGUGCCGCUCUUCCAUGAUAACCGAGGGUAUCAGCCAUUCUGCUUGCAGCGGACGGGGCGACUCAAAGACGCUGUCGACCACCGCAACGACCUCCGCAAUGACGUGCGCAACGACUUGCGUAAUGAUUUGCGUAAUGAACUACGCAAUGAUAUACGCAAUGAAUUCCGUAACGACGUGCGCAGCCGUCUGGAAGAGGCGGCGAUACCACCCUCAGCCAAACGACCCGCCCAGCAGGACGACUCCCACGACUCCCGUCUCCCGCCGCCCACCACGCCCACGCCGCCCACUCCUCCUGGCUACCCUGGCGCCAACAUCAAGAUUACGUCUAGAGGAGGGCGCGGGCAGGACCAGAGCAUGGUGGUGAGCAUGGAGGUGAACGGCAUCAUGUACCAGGGAGUGUUGUUCGCCCAGGCACCGCGCGCUCGCUUCAGCUAAGACUGCCCGCCCGGUGUCGCCUGGCGGCGGCGGCGGGACCAGGGCAUGGGAAGGUGGCGGCCCGGCAGCGCCCCGGCGUCUGGGUGGCUGGCAGGACGAGGGACUGAGAGUGGGGGCUGCCAGGCGCCGGUCGCUGUACCUUGUAUAGUAGCUGAUAGACUAGUGCCAACCCUCCCUGGCGGCCCUUACAGACACUCUGCCCUCCCCGCCAGCAGGUCAAGGUCGCAUAGGGGGAUGUCCUUCUCCCUAUACCCCCUCAGAGUCGUUUUUCUUCUCUUGUCCUUAAUCUCCCUGUGACGCAUCACACAGUUUCUUAAUCUCACUAUUUUGACAUUUUUUCUGAAGUCUUUACUCGAGUAAAACUGUUUUCGAAUACUUUUUUUUUCAUUUUAUCUGGCUUCAUUUCUUUAUUUUCUACUCUCCAACUUUACUAUCACUCGUUAUUCUUAAAGGCUUAAUCUUACUUAUUGUCAUUAUCGCUCUCUUUUUCAUGUUUAUUUUCAGAUAGAUAUGAACUUCCUUCUGUUGCAUUUCUCCCUCAGUUUCAUAUCACAGUGAAGUUCAUCCUGGAUCAUGCUUCUUUUCACAGCUCUUCAAUCUCAAUGGUUAAUCUUUCCGUCAGACUUUACUUCUUCUUUCGUUUCCCUCUCUUCUCUUCCUCUUGUCUUCUGUGGCUUCUAGCAGCGUGGUCUCCUUCACAAAGUCGUACUAUGAGCGUGAAGCAGUACGGUUGUUUUUGAUAAUGAGGCUUAGAAUACACUUCCUUUAUGUAUCAGGUAGAUUGGCAAAGGAUAGAAAGAGAGAGAGAGAGGAAAUGGCUUCUUCAACUUGUCGUUCCCUAAAAAUCAGAGAAAAAUGAAGAAUUAUCCAGUUUAUUUAAGGGUGUGUCUUUAUAUUCCUCUAAUAGUGCUACACCAGCAGUACAAAACAAUUCAGCAACCUGCAGUUUACCACAGUUUACUACUGCAGUUUACCACUCGUGUUUUUAACAGAUGCCAAUAAACAUCUCCCUUAAUUCAGUGGUAGAGGAGUUCAUUAACAUCAGCGGUUAUGUCAGCCUUUCUUUUCACAAGUUUUAUGAUCUCUUAUAUUGACCCCGAACACGUAAUCGAUGGAGAAUUUCACCCUUUCACUGAUAGACACGUAAUAAAUGAAUAAUUAACCGUUUCACUGCUAGAUAACUUUACCGUAAUCAUCUGCAAACUCUUUAGACACUAACACUACAGUCACUUGAAAAAUUAACAUCUUUGUAUUUUUUUUUUUGUGCAUGUAAACAAAUUCUCACAUCACUUUGAAUGUUAGUAGUAAAAUAGUAGCAAAAUAGCCGAGACGUGUCGAGAGUGAGACGAGCCGAAAGUGAAGACAGAUAAAGGUAUUUGUCCUAUUAGAUGAAUCACAGAGUCCGUAUAGAGCACAAGGACACAGGGGAAAUUGCAAGAAGCCAGGCAGUUCUUGUACAAAACACGCACGCCCAUAUUCACUUAUCAACUGAAUCAGCACUAACAACCUAAGUCUAUUCCAUCCAUCAACCACUCUAUUAAACACCAACUUACUUCUUAUCUCUCUUUUAAAUCUAACUGUAUCACCUACAGUACAUCAAGCUCGAAUGUGUCACAGCUUACGUCUAGUGAUGCUGUAGCCUCCAUUGUUCUGUGCGCGGGGUGUGUUCUUCCCGUAGCCUGCAUCACUUAACGAGGCCCGAGUUCUCCUGCGUUGUCUCCCUCCGCCCGAGGACACACAUAACCGGCGCGGGGAGGAGGUCAUUAAGGUUUUAUUGCUGGUCCCAACACCUCGCCGCGGCUUGUCAGUGACGGGUACGCGGGUUCUGUCAGGCCUUCCUGGUGUUCUGCGCGGCGACGGACGUUUAACUGAUCGAGUGAAAGGACGCAAGAUUGUACUGUCACAUGCUUUGUUCUCUCAUGGUGACUGUUUUCAAAGGCCACCAAGUCGUGUUCUAAUUUAUGUUUUGUUUAUGAGAUUGCAGAUUCCUUGUCAGACUGUAACUAGAAUAAAAUACAUGAGUAUUCUGCCACUAUACUAUACGAAAAAUUUUUGCAUUUAAUGGGUGUUUUCUUUAUGAGAUUGCAGACUCCUUGUCACACUGUAAUUAGAAUAAAACACAUGUGUAUUCUGCCACUUACUGCAUUACUAAACGAAAAAUUCUCAGUCUAGCAUCAAUACCUCACUGUGUACCUGCGUCUCUUCCAGUUCUAGUUUAGACAUCAAAUACUUCCUACCGUUUUAGAAAAAAAUAAAAAAUAAAUAAAUAAAGUAAAUAAAUAAAUAAAUAAAUGAAUAAAAUAAAAAAAUGAAUAAAAUAUGCCUGGCCCAAACCAUCACUGUAAUAUAAGGAGUAUAAGUAUGAGAAGCCAAUAUAUUCUCUCCCACUUUCGUAAAUUUGUGAGAAGUCGAAUAACAUACAGCAUUUACUUUCAAUGUGUUUCGUUUUUGCCUUCAGUCUUAAGUUCUUCAAGUUCUCUGCCCUCUUAUCAGUCUCCUUACAAACCCCAUGGCGGAUUCUGAGCAGAUCAGAGUAAGACUGAAGAAAAGCGCUUAAGACACCGGAAGGAAAUGGUCACUAUUCGAGUGUACUAGUGACGGGAAGCAUGACGCGCGGGUCUCCUCCUCCCCUCCCUGGCAGGUCAGAGCGGGAGGCGGCAGGUAGGAUGCGCUACUCGGGAGGAAAAGGAAAGUGUGUAUUGCUGCUUAGUGAAGGAGCCGCCACUCGCUGCCACUUGCUAUGUUCUCUCUCUCUCUCUCUCUCUCUCUCUCUCUCUCUCUAGCUGUUUCCUUCACUGCUUUCAAGAACCCGAUCCUGUGUGUGUGUGUGUGUGUGUGUGUGUGUGUGUGUGUGUUUUCGCUGACGUGUACAUAAGGAGCAGGUGCUGGAGCUGCCUAGGUCACACCGAUGCCCUUCCCGUCUCGUGGAAGGGCCUCCAGGUAGCACGAAUUACCUGGUAGUGCUUAUUUUCCUCACUUGGGGGAAACUUGGGUCCCAGUCCAGGCCUCCCUCCACCUGCCCUCGCUCCCUGGCAGGCUGGAGAGGGACGCUGGAACUGCCCUACAUUCCAGUUUUCUUGGAAUUCGUACUCUUUCCAUUGAUCAUAUUUAUAGCAUUAGCUGGCAGGUGUCUCAGUAGGUGGAUCCCUCAGGAAGGCGUAGCGUUAGGUCCUUGUGGGAACUGCGACGGUUGUAUGUGACUAGAAAGUUGUACAUUUGUAAAUUAGAAACGUUAUGCUAAAUCACGAAGAGAAAAUAAUAAUAAAAAAAAAAGCAUUCGUUUGUCCUUAGAAGCAUCGGAGUCUUGCAUGUGUCUGGUGUUCCGUCAGCUCCCCGCCCUGAGCGAGGCGCCGCGGCCCCGCCCCCGCGGAGUCUGGAGUCUGCCAGGCGAGGCUCCGCUGACGCAUGUUUAUAGUGUAUAAGAUGAUCUCACAUUAAACUAAUUUAUAUUUUUUAAAAUAAAAUUAAACGCAAGGUGUUAUUUCAUUCUACCUGAACCUUGGGGAGCGGCAAGGAAAGGCUCGCUGGGACCUUUCUUUAUGCAAGAUGGGCACUGGCCAAGAAGGGAAGCACAAUUUAUAUAAAAGGAAGGUCCACUGACGUGCCACUCCCCAAAGAAGAGCCAAAAUGAUUAACCAAAAGCAAGAGAAUUAACACAAAACCGGGCUGGUGCUGGUUAUUUGAAGCUUUUGCUCGAACACUGAGUCAGGUUCACACAGUGCAGCGGCAGGCAGAGCGAGGACAGGCUUGGCUGGGGACGGACGUGCUGCUAGUCUCCUUCACCACCGAGCAGGACGCCACCACAUCAACCUGAGGCGUGGACCAAAGGACGUGGAUGACUUCGAUGAUUACCUUUUAUGAGUGUGUGGACAGAGGCAAGGCAGGGAGCUUGCGCCAACUGCCUGGACUCGGCUGGCGGACUGCGGCAAGGCAAGGCGAGGGUCCAGCAGGUGUUCGUGGCAGGGGAGGCAGGAGAGAGUGCACGUGUUCCUUCUCCAUUUCAUUGAGUACAAGAAUAGAAAGAAGCAUUUUGGAGGUGAAGGAAUAGAAGAUACAUCUCUAUCUUCAUCCCAGUAAAAAAUGAAGAAUCCCAGCAGACGAAGGAAGUAAGACUUUUGAAGAAAAACUUGGAGAUUUGAGUGAAGAGCUGCAGCAACACAUGACAAUAGGAGCCUCCAAGGACCCGCAGACAUUCCCAUUCCAGCGGCAGUUGUAAGCAAGCAGUAGUGAAAGACCUCUCCCCUGUAAUACUGAACAGGACAAAUUGCUUCUAUGCCACGGAGUGUGUGCCACCAAGCUGCCUCGGACGUUUCAGCUACAUAGGCGAGGGAGCAGAAGCGAUGACACUACUUGCUAUCUACUAUACACCUCCGUCACGGAUUCCAGCUGGGUUCCAAGGGGCUGCAGCGGUGGAGGCACUAAGGGUUGUGUCAUCGGGGACUCGUAGAAAGAGAGGAGGCAGGGGAAGAGCGGAAGUAAUGGCAGUGACGACUCAACCACGGGACCUUAGCUGCCGCCAAGGACUUGGCCUCUCUGUAUUAAUCAAGAUUCCCGAGAUUGUUUUGUAAAAUGGUGAAAAUAAAAUUCCUUUUCUUUGACGGUGUAAAAAAAUAAAAAACUUGUAAUUGGU